ACAGGCCUGCAACUGCAUAUCUUCGAUCAAUAUGUGGUGAUGAACAAUGACAUUCUUCAAGUCAAUCUUUCAAAACCUCAGGGGAUGGUUACCGGAAUACAAUAUAAAGGCAUCGACAAUUUACUUGAAGUUCUUGAAGAUGAGACCAACAGAGGGUACUGGGAUCUGGUUUGGUCUGCACCAGGAAUCACGAGAAAGAAAGGCGCAUUUGAUAGGAUCGAAGGAACAAAUUUUACUGUUAUAGUGGAAACUGAGGAUCAGAUAGAGCUUUCAUUCACCAGAAUGUGGGAUCCUUCUCUAGAGGGCAAAGUUGUUCCUUUAAAUAUUGACAAAAGGUUCGUGUUGCUUCGUAACUCGUCAGGUUUCUACACUUACGCCAUUUAUGAACACCUGAACGAAUGGCCUGCUUUUAACUUGACCAACACCAGGACUGUGUUUAAGCUCAGAAAAGACAAGUUUCAUUACAUGGCAAUUUCAGACACCAGGCAAAGACACAUGCCGCUUCCCGAUGAUCGAUCAGCGGAAAGAGGGCAAGCACUGGCUUACCCAGAGGCCGUCUUGCUCGUCAAUCCGGUCGAGCCAGAGUUCAAAGGAGAAGUGGAUGACAAAUAUCAGUAUUCGAUUGAGAACAUGUAUAACCGGGUGCAUGGAUGGAUAGCAAAUGACUCGCAGGUUGGAUUUUGGCAGAUCACUCCCAGUGAAGAGUUUAAAACUGGAGGACCCUUCAAGCAAUGCCUCACUUCACAUGUGGGGCCCACCACCCUUGCCAUAUUUCACAGCACCCAUUACUCAGGAGAGGAACUGAUAUUACAAUUCGGGACCAAUGAGCCAUGGAAGAAAGUGCUUGGUCCAGUCUUUUUCUAUCUUAAUUCUUUGGUUAAUGGAACGACUAACCCUAUCCAGCGUCUAUGGGAGGAUGCUAAGCAAGAGAUGAACGAUGAAGUUGAAAGGUGGCCAUAUGAUUUUCCAGCUUCGAAGGACUUUCUGUCGCCUAAGCAACGAGGUGCAGUUCGCGGCAGCUUACUAGUUCGCGAAAGGUAUGUUACGGAUGAUAAAGACGUACCCGGAAAUGGAACUUGGGUAGGGUUGGCAGCUCCAGGAGUUGUUGGAUCCUGGCAGUUAGAAUGCAAGGGUUACCAAUUCUGGACCAAAGCAGACAGUAACGGCUACUUCUCUAUUCAUGGCGUACGUCCAGGGACCUAUAAUCUUUACGCAUGGGUUCCUGGAUUUAUUGGUGAUUACCGAGAUGUUUCUGAAGUUGUUGUAACUCCAGAUGGUGAUGUUGAUGUGGGUACCCUUGUCUAUGAGCCUCCGAGAACUGGCCCAACUUUGUGGGAAAUAGGUAUCCCCGAUCGAACUGCUGCAGAAUUUUACGUCCCAGAUCCUAAUCCAAAGUACAUUAACAAACUCUACGUCAAUCACACUGACAGGUUUAGACAAUAUGGAUUAUGGGAAAGAUAUGCAGAGUUGUAUCCUGACAAUGAUUUGGUUUACACAAUUGGAGUUAGCGAUUAUACAAAGGAUUUCUUCUUUGCUCAGGUUACCAGGAAGAUGGGUAAUAACACAUACAAAGGAUCAACAUGGCAGAUUAAGUUCAACCUUGGCAAUGUGGACAAGAACACUACCUACACCCUACGAAUAUCACUUGCAACAGCACAUGUUUCUGAGUUACAAGUUCGGAUCAAUGACCCUGAAACAAAGAAUCCUCCUCUAUUUACUACCGGAGAGAUUGGGAACGACAACACGAUCGCCAGGCAUGGAAUUCAUGGACUGUACAGGCUAUACAGUGUGGACAUUCCAAGCGCUUUGCUGGUCGAAGGAAAUAAUACCAUAUUUCUAACACGAGAAUUGAGUGUCAGCCCUUUCCAGGGAAUCAUGUAUGAUUACAUUCGUUUAGAAGGUCCCCCGUCUUCUAAUGACAACCAUAAUAUUGGAUAUAGUUCAUAG